ACCACAUGGCGCCUGUGUCCCAUCCGGGCCGCCGUCCUGCCACGCCGCUUGGAAGAUAUGAUGGUAUGCGCUUCGUAAGAACAUUCCGGAAACCGUUGGAAGGUUCCUACAGUUGGCUCAGGACAACCAGCCCAGCUGCUGGAAAGAGGUGUAAAUAUAUGAGUUUUGACACCGCCAGGAAGGUCCACCACCCUGACCAAGGCCAGCUCACCAGGGUUCUCAGCUUUCCGGAUGUGACCACAGGAAAUAGGAAGAACUCUGGCUAAAGUUCCGAAGAAAGUUCUCAUCGACCGUCCUCGUAUCCGUCUUCGGCGUUCCUCAAACUGCGAUCCAGGUGCAUCAUGGGAUUUCUGAGCAUGCUCUUCGGCUUCCUCCUGGCUGUCGGCCUGGCGUCCGUGUCGGCCGGCCCAGAGGAUAUACUGAUACGUAUCAGCGACUUGGAGGAGAAAGACUUUGGCCACAACUACCCUAGGCAUGGGCUGAACCUCCUGUACUGGUUCUCUCGUGAGUUUAUUUCCUUCGACAACAACGACAACAUGCAACCCAAGGAAGAUCCCAAGAGCGAAGCGUACGGGUUCCAUUACUACGGAAACAAAGAGAACAUUCUCCCUUCCAUCCGUAACCUGAAAAAUUAUUCCUACUACGUCGUGGGCAACCUGUACGACAACGAAGAUUUGCCAAGCGAUGUGAGGCUUCCGGAGUACGUCACGGAUGAGUUCUUGAGCUCCAAGAAGUUUGACUCCAAUGACCAGAACAACAGAGACCGAAUCAUCGUGAGGAGGACGCCCUUCGGCAGCAUCGACCAGGUCUAUAUCACGCAACACUACAACUACGGCAGCAUCUACGGGAGCAAGUACGACCAGAACAACACGUACAAAAUCGGCACCGAGCUCCUAAAGCAAAUACGCAACAUGCAGCGAGAGGCAUUCCUCAAGCUUUUCGGCCCAAGAUCUAGGAACCACUACGCUAAAUGCCACCCGGACAGACAAGAAUCUACCUUGGAUCAAUACUGUAGCCAUAAGUUUUCAAAAGGAAGCACACCGCUGGCCCCGGGCCCCUUGGUUGCAAUGUGUUACGCUACCUUCUGGCUGAUUUUGGCCUGUUCUUAGGCUGUCUGGGAUCAUAAAAGCAUAGCGACACUACUUAAAAAGCAUUGACUGUAAUUAUCCACUGGCGCUUGAGCUGAUCGCUUCUGCUCUCACACCUUCAACAGGCGUUCAGAUCCUGCAAGACUGCAACGAGUCAUCGUGUAACCUACUUAAGUCAUGAAACACGGCCCUCGAGACUCCUUAGAUCAUACAACUUAGAGGUGAAUCACUACUAGAAAAGUCACCGGUUUCCCUUACUGAGCUGAUGCCUCCGUCCAAGGUCGCAGCUCUAAACCUGUGCAAUUCACAACUUACAAUAACUUACCAUUUAGACACACACACACACACACAUUGACUGAAACCGCUUGUCCCAAGUUGGGUUGCAGCGAACCGGAG